CAACUGUUGCAAAUGUUGUUCGCUGAUUUUUUGCGAACUUUCAUUGGCAAUCGUCGUCGUUCAAUUAUGACUGAUAAACCGAUUUCAUUUUCAAAUUAUUCACCGACGAGUUCACCACAAUUUAUUUUCGAACAGACGUUAGCAGCUGUAUUAAAAGAUCCGAGCACGAAAAAAAUUGGUCUCAUUGGACGUUAUUUGGAGAAAACUGCUCUAUCUUCAAUAAUCGAGCUUAGAUUUGGUCAUUAUGUUGAGAAGCAGUAUGUGUGUCUUUUGAAAAUGUUAAUUGUUGUGAACAAUGGAGUAUUUGAAUUUGUGCAAAUUAUUGCGCCUCAUGAAGAUUGGUCAUACAUGGAUGCUUCUCAUAGACAGAUUGAUAUUCUUCGCGAAAGUCGAUACAUAGUUUAUCGCAAAAUGAGCGUGCAAGCCAAUAUUCAUUUGAUGCAGACAAUAAUGCCUUGCAUGGAUUUUCGAAAUGCGCAUACGCUUUCUUAUAUUUUCACUCUUUUUGCCAAAUUUUCGAGUGUAUUCGAUGUAAAAUGCCGGUUUUGCAAAAAAAUUAUGAAAGAUUUCUUGCCUCCACUUAUAUUCGACAUGAGAUAUCCAAAAAACGCUUUACAUGAAUCGUGCCGUUGA